AUAUUAAGAUUAUUGUCUGUAUGUGGCUAAAAAAAUAUAAAAAAAUAAAGGGAAGAAAAAGAGAGAGUAAAGAAGAAUACAAUUUGGAAAGUGGUCUUCCUUUAACUAUAAGGAACACGCGUGGUGAAGAGAGUGUAGUCCACACGAACCACUUUGUACUUUUCCUUUCCAGGUUCAUCGAGUAAGUGCAUACUAGUUAUCAGAGCAAGAGAGAGAGCGUGAGAAAAUGGAAGAAAGCAAAGGGAAAGUGUGUGUUACAGGAGGUACAGGUUUUAUUGGUUCAUGGAUAAUCAAGAGGCUUCUUGAAGAUGGUUACUCUGUUAAUACCACUGUGAGGCCCGACCCAGAACACAAGAAAGAUGUUAGCUUUCUUACCAACUUACCUGGAGGAUCCCAAAGGCUACAAAUUCUCAGCGCUGAUCUCAGCAAUCCAGAAAGUUUUGGUGCAGCCAUUGAAGGGUGCAUUGGAGUUUUCCACGUUGCUACCCCAGUUGACUUUGAAUUAAGAGAACCUGAGGAAGUAGUGACCAAAAGAUCCAUUGAUGGUGCACUAGGAAUUUUGAAGGCUUGUCUCAAUUCCAAGACUGUGAAGCGAGUUGUUUACACUUCUAGUGCCUCUGCCGUGACGACUAUAAUUGGCAAACAAGAAGAAAUAAUGGAUGAAAGCUUUUGGAGUGACGUAGAUUAUCUUAGAGCUUCAAAGCUGUUUGGUUGGUCGUACGCAGUUUCCAAGACAUUGACAGAAAAGGCAGUACUUGAAUUUGGAGAACAGAAUGGGUUGGAUGUUGUAACAAUAAUUCCACCGUUUGUUUCUGGACCCUUCAUUUGUCCUAAGCUUCCUGGCUCAGUUCGUGAUUCAUUGUCUUUGAUAUUUGGCAACAAAGGUUUUGGUUUCCUCCUUCAGACACCUGUGGUGCAUGUGGAUGAUUUGGCUAGAGCGCAUAUAUUUCUUCUUGAACAUACUAAUCCAAAAGGGAGGUAUAAUUGUUCAUCAUGUUUGGCAACUGUUGAAAGAUUAUCUGAACUUUUUUCUGCCAAGUAUUCAGAAUUUCAAUUACCAACAUUAGACUCGUUCAAGAAAAUUGAAGGUAUAAAGCUACCAGAUUUAUCGUCAAAGAAGCUCAUAGAUGCUGGAUUUGUGUUCAAGUAUGGACUUGAGGAAAUUAUUGAUGAUGCAAUUCAAUGCUGCAAAAAAAAGGGUUACCUGUGAGGUAGCUGUGUACCAUUUUUAUGUCAUAGGAUGGUUAUUGGUUAUCCAUAUAAUGAACCAAUAGUUAUCUAUGUAUGAAAUUGUUGUUCAAGCUAGCAAUUGGGAGUAAAUGUUUUUGGUAUUGGACUAAUAUUGACAAUAGAAACUAGCUAUUGCAAAUUUGCAAUUCUUAAUCUUCUUUUGUUUGUAUUAAAUCUAAUAAUAAUAUGUGCUCCUUUGGU